AUACAUUCGAAGCAUGUGCUUCAAUGUGCUUGUUGCUGCUUGACUAUAGUUGAUUUUUUUUUAUUGUUGUAUUUGAUUUAAUACAUUUAUUGUAUCAUGGAGUAUAUUCAAGAUGUUGCUCAAUUUCCGUCCAAUCGGAUAUUGUGCUGCGAAUGCGGGACUCCGAUCGAGCCGAAUCCGGCCAACAUGUGCGUCGGUUGCCUCAGGGCGAAGGUAGAUAUCACAGAGGACAUUCCCAAGCAGGCGACGCUGCACUUUUGCAGAGGAUGCGAAAGGUAUCUGCAGCCACCGGCGGAAUGGGUGCAGUGCGCCUUGGAGUCCAGGGAAUUGCUCGCUCUGUGCUUGAAGAAACUGAAAGGCUUGAACAGGGUGAAGUUAAUCGAUGCUUCGUUUGUGUGGACAGAGCCCCAUUCGAAACGUCUCAAGGUAAAAUUGACGGUUCAUGGGGAGGUCGUUGGGGGAGCAGUGCUGCAGCAGGUGUUCAUAGUGGAGUACAUAGUCAAUCAUCAGAUGUGCGAUGAUUGCCACAAAUCUGAGGCGCAGAACUAUUGGAGGGCGAGCGUGCAGGUCAGGCAGAAGGCUGAGAAUAAGAAAACGUUUUAUUAUUUGGAGCAGAUGAUAUUGAAACAUAGAGCGCACGAGAAUACGCUCGGAAUUAAACCCAUUCACGAGGGUUUGGAUUUCUUUUACGUGUCCGAAUCGCACGCCAGGAAGAUGGUCGAUUUUCUGGUUGCCGUUUUGCCGUGCAGAUACCAGCAUUCUAAGAAACUGAUUUCCCACGAUAUACACAGCAACAACUACAAUUACAAGUUCUCGUUUUCGGUGGAGAUCGUGCCAAUAUCCAAGGAUAGCGUGGUCGUUUUGCCGAAGAAGUUGACCAAUCAGCUGGGUGGAAUAUCGUCUGUGUGUCUCGUGCAGAGGGUCUCCAAUUCCAUCCAUCUGAUUGAUCCGUGCUCAGCGCAAAUUGCGGAGGUGAGCAGCUCUCUGUACUGGAGGCAACCGUUUAACACCAUCUGCAAUCCGAAGCAGCUGGUCGAGUACAUCGUGAUGGACGUGGAGGUGAUCAUGGAUAAGGAUAGGAAGUUCUUCCCUGGACAAGGGGCGAUCUCCACUAAACACGUCUUGAGCGACAUCUGGUUGAUCAAAGCUUCCGAAUUGGGUAUCAACGAUAACCAGAUUCACACGCGCACCCACAUCGGACAUCUCCUGAAGCCGGGAGAUUCGGUCUUGGGGUACAAUUUGGAAGAUAGCAACGUGAACGACGUCAACUAGAAAUUGUCUAGCGAUCAAGUGCCGGACGUUAUACUGGUGAAGAAGCAUUACGCUGAGCGCGCUUCUGCCCGCAAGCAGCGCAUGUGGAAGCUGAAGCAUUUGGCCGAGGAGCAGACGGCCUUCGAGAUGGACGCGCACGAUUACAACGAGUUCUUGGACGACCUGGAGGAGGAUCCGGCUAUGAGGCAGAACGUCAACAUCUUCAAGGAUGCGCGCAAACAGCAUCUGCCUCUGCACGAUCCAAGCAUCCCGCACGUCACGCUCGAGGAGAUGCUCGAGGAUUUGGUACUCGAUGACGUCGACAUGGAGGAAUGCGUUGAAUAAAUUUUGU